AAGCAAACGCCGGAGAGGCCGCUGAGAGUCUAAAACUCUCUGAUCUGAUUAAUUCAGGAAUAUCUCGGAGCAGCGUUUGUAGCUCUCUGUUGCUCCGUGGUGCAGCGAUUAUCGAUUAUUGUAAUUCAGUAACAAUUUGUUUUCGUGCAAAAGCAUAACUAAGAUUUAAAACAAACGUUAUUUGGCCUGUUAGGCAAUUAAAAGUAAGGCGCAGAGGUACCUCUGAUUGUCUGCAACAAGAUCAGCGCGGGCAUCUCACCGGUUCCGGUGAAGGGGUGUUUGAGGAGUGAAGGGGGGCGAAUCCGUUCCGUUUCUCUUGAAUCCGCCUCUCUCUCUCUCCGUUAUCCGCACGGUGAGAGUAUCCAACGCGCUUUAGAGACUCUUCUUCCGUCCUCGGACCCUUUAAGGCAAACAGGAGCGAGGACCAAUCGCCGAGCCAUCACGGCGGCCCCGGAGAAGAGGAAGCUGUUUACAGGAGCUCGGGUGCUAAUUAAGCUGAACAGAAUCUCCGCCACAACUCGGCCAGGAACCGGUUCGUGUGCGUCCAUGGAGCGCGCGGAGAAGCAAAGCGCGUCCGCCGUCGCCAUGUGUGCAUUUUGUACAGAGUUUUGAAAAAAUCUUUUCGCUUUCCCAACUCGACACUCUGUAACUUAUUUAUUCCUGACUCAACUUUUUUGGUGGAGUAUUUUCCCCUCUGAUCCACGGACUUCACGUUAACACUGAGCGGCGGAAAUAUUUUCCCGGUUUUUAAGCACCAUGUUUCAGCCCACGCCGAAGAGAUGUUUCACGAUAGAGUCUUUGGUAGCGAAGGAUAAUAAUCCUCCUCCUCCUCCUGUUCUAUCGGCGUCCAGAUCCGAGGAUCCCACGCGACCCACGGCGGCGGCGCUCAGUUACGCCGGUGCGAGCCACGUGAGCCCGUUUCUCAAUGGCUUCACCGGCGCGAGGGGCGUCUACUCCAGCGCGGACCUUGUAUUCGCCGAGGCCAUGUCGCACGCGCCCAACUCGGCCGUGCCCGUUCACCCGGUCGUUCCUGCUCCCGCUCCCCAUCCGCCUCCACCUCCGCCGCCGCCGCACGCGCUCGCCGCGCACCACGCGCUCACAUCCUCGCACGGGCCGCACGCGCUCUUUGCCAGCCAGCAAAGAGACCCCGCAACUUUUUACCCGUGGUUAAUACACAGAUACAGAUACCUGGGGCACAGAUUUCAAGGAAACGAAACGAGUCCGGAGAGCUUCCUUUUGCACAACGCGCUCGCCAGGAAGCCCAAGCGGAUCCGCACGGCGUUCUCCCCGUCUCAGCUGCUCCGGCUCGAGCACGCGUUCGAAAAGAACCACUACGUCGUGGGAGCGGAGCGGAAGCAGCUCGCGCACAGCCUCAGCCUCACAGAAACUCAGGUCAAAGUUUGGUUUCAGAACAGAAGAACGAAAUUCAAGCGUCAGAAACUGGAGGAGGAAGGCUCGGACUCGCAGCAGAAAAAGAAAGGCACGCAUCACGUGAACCGGUGGCGGCUCGCGACAAAACAGGCGAGUCCCGAGGAAAUAGACGUCACGUCGGACGAUUAAAAAAACAAAAAACAACCCAAAUAAUGAACUAAAUAAUAAUUAAAAAAAAAGACUCGAGGUGUUUUUGAAGCCUGGAUAGUACGACGUGGAGUGAAGUGUAUACACGGAUAAAGGACGCCGUGAAAGACAGAAAAAGAGAAAGAGAGAGAGAGAGAGAGAGAGAGAGAGCAAAGCCAAUUUCUCUUCUUCGGAUCUCGGCAGCUGGAGGGUGAGAAAAUCCUACCGCUGUCACCACGAGGAAACUGUCAAUACUGUUUUCCACGUUGCCAAGGCAACAUGAUUGACAGGUAGUACAUGGCCACGCCCCCCGCCCCACCUCAUCAACUUCACUUUAAAAAAAAAAAAACACAACUCCUAAUACGCAUAGGACAUUUGCACUUUUUUGAGAAUUUUUCUUUUCUUUUCUUCAAACCUACCAAAAUAUUUUUUUUUUUGGCAAAACUUGAAUUGCAUGAUAAAGAGCUAUUUUUUUUCUUCCUGGGGGGCGGAGGUGAAUUUAAUUUAACCCUUCUUGCAAAGUAAACUUUAUUCGGAUUCUCUUUUUAAAUCUGGGAAAAAAUGUCGUGUGUGUUUUGUUUUUUUCCUUUUCUUAAAAAAAAGAACAGUGUGCAGUCUUUGAAUUUAUAAUUAUCGUGUCCAAGUGGUUGUGAAAACGAUAUGAAGUAGCAAUGCUGCGUUAAAGUGUUUUUUAAUAAGUAAAAAAAAAUGAACAAUUACAAAAACAAUUAUAAAAAAAAGAAGGUCAGUGACAUUCCUUGAAAUCUUUUUAGCUUUACCAUGACGCCCUAUUUUUGGUGCAUCUCCCCACAAAAUACUAAAAAAUUUAAUUGACGGCCGCCAAAGCAGCAAAAACUUCAAAA